GUAAAAUGGUGACUAACGGUGUAUAAUUUGUUAAGUUUGGACAUAUAUGUAAAGCGUGGUGAGUAAAAUAGAUAAUACAUUUUAAUAAUAAGUUAAAAAAAUGUUGCAAUAUGAUAUUAGAAUAAAUAUUAGUAAUAAAGAAUUGGCGUGUGAUCGUUUUCCAAACCUGAAGAAAAAGAGGGCCACUUGAAGGUAUUUAAUGUACGGAGUCCAUCCAAUCUCCAUCGCCAUCUGUCUUCUUCGUUUCGCACGCAACCAGGGUCAAUCGCCGGAAAGCUUCGCUAGGCAUCGUCGAGAAAGCUUCGCCGGGAAUCUUCACCGGAAAGUUAUAUCUUCGUCAAUCGAGGUAGAUAUAAUGAAUGAUUGGCAUAUUCCUGGAAGCAGAAGGAGUGAGACAGUCGUGGUGGAUUUAUUGACAAAAUAAAUAAUUAUGUUUGUUAUGAGAAAUGUGUAAAAGUCGCUUCCGCAUAUUAUUAAACACUUCGUAUUUCCUACAGUUAUGUAUGGAAUAUUAUUUAUUUAUGAUGAAUAGAGUUAUUUGAAAAGUUUUAAAUUAUACGAAUACCAAGUCAAUACUCUAGUCUGAAAGGGG